CUCCAGCGCCCGCCUCGCCCGCCCGGCCCCAGCAGCGCCGCAGCCGUGGCCUGGGCAUGAGCGGCCGCUACUAGCUGCACCCUGCCCGGGACGGACGCCGGACCGCCCCGUCACGUGCGCCCAAGUCCUCGGCCGGCCGGGGCAGCGCCGUUCCCAUGGUUCAAGGCUGUUGAUGGAGAAGGGGGCGGAUGACAGCUGGGACGGUGGUCAUCACCGGGGGCAUCUUGGCGACUGUGAUUCUGCUGUGCAUCAUCGCCGUUCUGUGCUACUGCCGGCUCCAGUACUACUGCUGCAAGAAGGACGAGUCCGAGGAGGACGAGGAGGAGCCCGACUUCGCAGUGCACGCGCACCUGCCGCCACUGCACGCCAACCGCAACCUCGUGCUGACCAACGGGCCGGGGCCGGCUCUCUACCCAGCCGCCUCCACCUCCUUCAGCCAGAAGUCCCCGCAGGCCCGCGCCCUCUGCCGCAGCUGCUCCCACUACGAGCCGCCCACCUUCUUCCUGCAGGAGCCCGAGGACGAGGGCGUGCGCAACGGCGGGGAGCGUGUGGCCUACAAGAGCAUCAGCCAGGACGACGUGGAGCUGCCGCCCGGGAGCUUUGGGGGCCUGCAGGCGCUCAACCCCAACCGCCUCUCGGCCAUGCGGGAGGCCUUCUCACGGAGCCGCAGCAUCAGCACCGACGUCUGAGCUGCGCCCCCGCCCGCCCCGACAGGUCCUGAGACCAUGGUGGGAUCCCCAGGGAGCCCUGCCCAGCUUUUUUCAGGCCCAGAUGGGGGCUUGGCCCAGCCUUCCUCGCAUCCCUGUCUUCACGGGGCCCAUCAGGGAGCUCCGCAACUCACAGCAAGGAUAAGGCCCAGUGAACACAAGCGUGGCUGCUGGGGGUAGGGUCUCUGGGGUUAGGGUCUUGGGGGUAGGGUCUCCAGGGGUAGGGGUCUCGGGGGUAGGGGUUGCCGGGGGUGGGGGCUGGAGGGAGGCGGUUGCGAUGCAGGCCCCGUGAGCAGUCACGUUCAGCUCGAGGACUGCAGAGCAGAGCGAGGCAGGGCUCUGGAGCACGGACGCCAGGCUCCCGCGGCUGCCGGUUAGUAAAGGUGUAGUGGAGAGUGGCCCCCAUCUCUGCUCCGGGGAGUUGGCCGUUGCUGGCUGGGUGGCCUAGCCGUGUCACUCCCUCCGUGGGUCUCAGCCUACUGCCUGUUCAAGGACGUGGUGGCAGUGGCGACACUAGGUGCCCGUGGCAUGAGCCUUCCCUGGCGAUUGCAGACUGAGUAUUCCGUCCCUCUAGCCAGAGCGGGGGCCUCUGUCCCCCCUCACACUUGCCCCUACCCAACCCCGGCUUCAGGUGCCGGGCAGCUGAGGCACUGGUUGAUCUGCCCUCCGUGCAGAUCCCCCUAGAAGGGGGAGUUCCAGGGGCUGCCAGGCCCUUGGGAUUCUCAGCCACGACUGGUUUUUGGUGAAAGAGGGAGAACAAGGACAACCACCUGCUGCUGGAGUGUCCACCUGAGAUGCACAGCCCAGUCCUGAGCCAGCCGUGGGAGGACAGACAGAGCCGUGGGCCGGGGGCUAAAAGACCCACUAUGUCCCCGUGAGCGGUGGGCCAGGCCUCCAGGGGCCCUUCAAGCUGUGGUCCCCAGGGGAGACAGGCCCGAGCUCUCCCACCGGCCUCCGUUUCUCAGGAGGAUCUGGGAGCAAGGUCCCAGGCCAGCCCUCCUGUGCUCCGGCUCCGUGUGAAGACCUCGAUGGAGCCCACUCUGCACCAAGCUCCCAGUGGCACCAGGGUCUCCCUGGGAACCCACUCUCCAGCUCCCUCCAUCUGGCUGGGGAAAUGAUGCCCAAUGCAAACCCAGGGGCCAGCCACGGGGAAUGCAGCCCCCCGUCGUCAGAGGCAGUAUUUCCUCUCUCCGCAACACGGCCCUAAGAGCCCGUGCCCUCCGUGCGUCGAGCCCAGGGUAGGUAGUCCCUGUCUGCCCAGAAGACGGACCAAGCUCCCCAGCUAAGCCACUUUCCUGAAAGACAAACCUUGGAGGGUCCCUGACCUGCGGGCAGCCUGAGCACCUCGCUUCUUGCUCUUACUAGAAAGCGCCGAGGAAUUGAGAUGUCUGGACCUGGACAUGAGCGAGACGUCUGGACCUGGGCGUGAGCGGAGUUAGGGAAGACUGACUAUUUUUAGCAUCCUCGAUUAUCUUCUUCUUCCUUUCUCCUCCUGCUUUGGUUGGGACAUGCUAAUGGAUUCCCCCCCCCCCCCCCAGCUCCCUGGGAAGCCCACCCUCCCCUCCCCUGUGGUACCCCGUGAGUUUGUCUCUGAUGCACUAGCUUGGGGGGUGGGCCCGGGGUGGGGGGUGAGGGACAGGAGGGGUACUUCCUGUGGCUGCUCUGUCCGGUUUCCUGUUUCCUUGCCGGUCUCUGUCCUCCAUGUAGAUUCAUAGAUCAGUUUGAAGUGAAGGAAGCUCGCAUCCGUGUGAGUUCGCUCAGCUCCACUGUGGGGACCUGCGGCGAGCUGCCUGCACCCUGGGAGAAGCGAAAGCCAAUAAAACGCCUCACCCACACCCCACCCACUGUCUUCAGUCCGCCUGCGAUUCCAGGCCAGACCGCUCUCGGGAACUUUCUGGGAGGGGCCGUGUCCCGCCCAGUGCGGCAGAUGCCUUUCUUUUCCUGUCCAGCCGCGGGUCAGGGCUCUGCCCAGAGGCACCGGCCACAGCGAGCUCGUUCAUUUCCUAGGUGGCUGUCGAUCUUCCGAGACGGGGCCCAAGCUCCGAGCCCCUGGAGAGCAGGUUGGGGUGAGGGGCUGAGUGCCCUGAGACGCAUGACUGGUGUCUGUGGGCCUCGGUCUUAGCAUCAACACAGUGGGUUGAUAAUGACAGCGACUUCACAGGGCUCUUAGGAAGGUCGAAUGAGGCCGUGCUGAUAGAGCACAGAGCCUGGCAUACAGGAAGCGCACUUUAAGUGUUGGUGGAAAGGAGGAUGGGGGAAGAAGGCUAUAGGAGAGAGGGAAACGGGGCGGGGGGGGGGGGGAGCGGAGGAGGGAGAAGAGCAGGAGGUGAUGACGGGGCAUGGUGGUGAGGCACAUCAGGGAGGCCCCGACUCCUGGGUUACGGUGACUCACCUCUGCUGGAACCGAGCCGGUGACCUCCAGCAAGCCCAUCCCACAGGCCUCAGUGAACCUUAGUGUCACGCACCCGAUCCCAGCCCCCUUGAUGCAGUCCUCAACUCUGUGCGGUGGACCCUGCUCACGUCCCACUUCGGGGAGCUGAGGAAGAGCCCAGCAGCCACGUGCCUCCCUGCCACCUGUUCCCAAAGCUGACAUUCCCUGUGGCAUCCUCGGCCCUGGGGGAGGCUCUCUCUCCCACUGCACGUGGACACCGUGUCCUGCCUCCGCUGUGGCCGAACCAAGUUGCUUUCGGCAUCCUGGACACGCCUGCUCUCUCCCUCGAGCCUCUGUGCGUGCUGUCUCCUCACUAUCUGGGAGAGCCACUCCUGCUGCUGGACCAGCCCCAACAUCACCUCCCCCAGGAAGCCCUCCUCUGUCCCUGCACCCACAGCUCCAGAUUAAGUAGCCCUUCUAUGAGGUCCAGAAACGGUAAUGGUGGUGACACAUCCUGAGUGCUCUAUGUGGGUCCCCCAGGGAGCCUCCCACCCACCUGCCUUAUCUCCUCCGUUCUUCCCAGCAUGCCCUGAGGGGGUGCUUUUCUCCUGAGGUUUAGGUUAUGGAGUUCCCGCCAGGCCCCUCUUGUCCUGCCAGGUCCCACUAGGCACCCCCAGUCCCACUUGGUCAGUGCAAGGUCGACUCAGUUCUCACUCCAGCAUCCGAGUCCCGGUGCCCCCCAAACCCCCAUCCCUGCAGGCUCCCCUCUUUUUGUUGCCUUCUGUCUGCCGUCCCCUGACU